AUGUAUUCAAAUCAAUCACCACCUCUUUAUACAACUCGACAUUAUAUUCAUGAUCCUCAAUCAAAUUCAAGAAAUAAUUAUAGCCCAUCAUAUGAUCUAUCACGUCCUCCUGCUCAACCAUAUCCUUAUUAUACAAAUAAUCAACAACCAACAACUAUAACAUAUGUGAAUGAUAGACCUAAUUAUGGACAACAAUCAACAUCAUAUGUACCACCAAAUAUAAAUCGUUAUCCACCAACAAAUAAUUAUAAUCAAAAUAAUAGCAUCAAUCGUCCUGUUGGAGGUGGAGGUGGUGUUGAAAAAACAAAUGUUAUGUCAAAUGAAAAUCCAUUUUAUAAUCCAUCUCGUUCAUAUGAACAAACUAAUACACCACGUACAAUAACAUCUGUAACAUCAACACCAAAAAGUGGUAGUGAGUCAAAUAAAACACUAAAUCUUUCUGAUGAAAAUCCAUUUCAUUCUAUUUAUGGUGGAUAUCAUUAUCCAUCACAAAUAGAUCCAUCAAAAAGAAUUACAACUCAAAAUUCACCUGUACGUUCAACAGAAAAUAAAUCAUUAAAUUUAUCUGAUGAAAAUCCAUUUUAUUCAACAUAUGGACGUUAUUAUUAUCCAUCACAAAUUGAUCCACAAAAACGUAUUACUGAAAUACCAAAAGCAGCUGCACCACUAAUGUCAACAAAUGAAAUGUCCAAUGAGAAUCCAUUUAAUAAUUAUCGACGACCAUCAUUUCAAAAUUAUUCAAAUAAUAGUACUGGAUCAAAUUCAUAUUCAACAUCGAAUGUUGAUUGGAAUAGAAAUAAUAAUCCAGCACCACCUUCAUAUCGACCUAUUGAAGUACAAAGACCAUCACAAAAUUAUUAUAAUCAACAACAAUCAUCACCAAAUUCACCCUCACCACCACCACCACCACCACCAGCUUCAACACGUGUACCAACACAAAAACCAAAUUCUUCUGCUCCUUUAGAUAAAGCAUCAUUAAAUAUGAGUCCUGAUAAUCCAUUUGCAGAAACUUAUGGUCAAUAUCAUUAUCCAUCAUCAGAAGAAAUCAAAGCUCAAAAACGUAAUAAUCGUUUUACAGAACAACAACAAUCUGUUCGUACUAAUACUAAUACUACUAAUAAUAAUAAUCGACCAGUACAACCAACAAAUCAAAUGACUGAAUAUCCAGAAACAGAAAAAAAAGAAGUUAUUUCAGGAAAAGGAAAUACGAAAUAUACUCGUUUUGAUGUUAAUUUUUGA